AUGGUCGCCACUAACUCUAUGUACGCGAGUGCGCAAAGCUGCAGCAGCACGUCGGUGUUGGGAAGAAACGGAGAAACGGGAAAAAACCCCAAAUACGGAGUCGACAAAAUCCACGAAAGUCAAAGGGAUGAAGGCAGCGCUCAAGGAUUAAAACAACACACUACAAGUCCACAAGAACGGAAGACAGAAGGGAAGCGCUCCAGGACCAGCUACACCCGCUUCCAGACUCUGGAGCUGGAGAAGGAGUUCCACUUUAACCGCUACCUGAGCCGCCGCAGACGCGUGGAGAUCGCCCAUAACUUGUGCCUGAAUGAGCGUCAGAUCAAGAUCUGGUUCCAAAACCGUCGCAUGAAGUGGAAGAAGGACUCACAGCUGAAGGGAAAGAACUGA